CUGGCGGCACAAGCUGCGGGAUCGGACGAUGCUGGAGCUCCUGGAAGUGUACGAACUGGUUCCAAACGAAGCUGCUGCCCGCGGCGGCGGAGGCAACGUGGCGACAAAGGAGCUGCCGAAGGGCGCAAACUUGUCGAGAAGAUCGGCCAUGAGACACAACGGGCGCCACAGGUUCCGCUGCCCGUCAUGCUCUACCUGUUUCUGCGGGGCCUGCAGAGCCACGCCUUACCACAUCGGGUUCGAUUGCGAAGGAUGGGCGGCUCACCAGGCGAAGCCCAAGUGCACAUACUGUGGGGAUGCUGCGGAGGAAGAACCAGUUGUAUGCGGUGGAGGUAACGACAAAACCGCUGCCGCCGACGGCGAGGAGGCUAACAAGGGUGGAGAGGGUAGAGAGGGUGCCCUACAAGCCCCUCCUUGCUGUGGACGUGAGGAGUGUCGUGAGCGCGCAAACGAGGGGUGUCGAAAGAAACUGGAGUGCGGACACCCUUGUCGCGGACCCGGUACGGCGGAAUGUAUCCCGUGCAUCGAACCAGACUGUCCUUCUGCCGAGGUGGAUGGGAACGACUUUUGCAACGUGUGUUGGACCGAAUCACUUCUUGCGGCUCCUUGCGUCAAGCUGGAGUGCGGCCACUUCGUGCACGUCUCGUGCGGCCGCGAGCAGCUGAUGCGAGGACGGCCGACCGCGCGUCUAACGUUUGGCUUCAUGAGUUGCCCGGUCUGCCGUGCGGACAAGGUGUUGGCUCUGCACCCCCAUCUCGGCAAGUGUGAUGGCAUCCCGGAGCAGCUCGAACUAGCCCAUCAAGUCGAGGUAGGGUUUAUCGUACGCAGCGCCUGUCUUGCAUGA